AUGCUCCACCAUCAAUCGUGGGUUCCAAAUCUUCUUCGUCUUCGGUUUGGCAUUCGCUUUUUCGUCUUUGGAACGCAUCCAAACGCCCUACUGUCGACCCCAAUUAACAAAAGAGUACCCGCAGAAAUCUUGCCUUUACAUGGAGGAGGUGUUACAACAUUUUCGCUUCGAUUGAUUCUUGCCAAAUCGAACGAGUCUCGUAUCAGAGAAUACAUUAGACGCACUGCGAACUUUCCAGGAUGGUCAUUGCUAUUACCGUCGGGGUUGUUUGAAGCCUUGAAAGUGUUUAUCGACACCAUUCGCAAUGAUGCGGCAGAAUCAAAAAGGCUCCAUUUCCUCAGGAAUGACCUUUUCCGUGCCGCAUAUCACGAAACCUCAAAGGAGGCCUCAAAUGCCUUUUCAGAAAUGGAAUUCAUAAUUGGCUGUUCGAAAGAAUUAUUGAACAAGCACAGAUUUUUUGUGCUAGUUGAUGAUCCAGCUCUGGCAUCCGAUUUGAUCCCAGCCACCGUAUAUGAACGAUAUCCCAGACUGCAUGGAAGGGUCAAAUGCGAGCCUUUGGCUGCUUCUUCACUUGUAUUUGUGGGGACAUUUUCUGAUCUUGUAAGCCAAUUCAACUGA